AUGGGCUUCAAGAGUUUGACCCUUUUGGGUCUUAUCUCUCUUGUGGCUCUUACCGGAGCAAAAUUACGUUGGAAAUGUGAACUAUUCGAUACGAGUCAGGAGACAUCAACACGUACAACAUUCGUUGAAUUCGUCAAAGGAGAAGAACCAAAAGUUCCAGUAGUUCCGAAUGGUCCGAAUCCACGUCCACCACGAUCCCCCAAGUGUAGACCAAGACCAAAAAAUGGAACUGUUGGACCAUCGACAGGAACAGAAAAGCUGACUAUUGAGAAGAGCAAAUCUUUGAUUCAAUCUGAUGUUCCUGGUGUUUUGGCAUCCGGAGAUACGGAUCUACCACAUGUAAAGUAUCAAAGAAAAGAAACUCAUCAGUCGUUGGAUUUGAAUAUUGGACCAGGAUUUGAGGAGAGCAAUGAUCCAUAUGGAAGGAGCAAACAGCCAGUUCCAAAAUUAUUCCGUCCCGCCCACCUGAAAGGAGCCGACGAACUCGACAAACCCCUUACUGAGCAUUUGGACGAGAACGUCAUGCCUGACUUUGAGUUGGAUGAUGAUGAGUCACCACCAAUUGAACAAGAUCUUCCAUGGUGUCCAGAAGAAACCGACGACGAUUGUGAAACUGUGGAUCUUGAGAAGUUGUCGGUAUCGGAACUUAUUGAACUGAAACAGAGAUGUGAAACGACAGUGAGUGCUAAAAGACAAGAACUUAUUGAGAAGCUGAUAAAAACGGAACGGGGUCAGCCGGAAGUCCCGAAACCUGGCCAAUUUGUUGUGAGCCCGCCCACAGGGAACAUCAACUGUACAACCAGUCCAUCAAAGUUGAAGGAAACUGAUCUAGAAAAGUAUCGGAAAGAAUGUCCAUGUGAAGAAGAUCAUUCGAAAAUGUCAGAGGAAGAGUUUGCAAUUUUCAAAAAGGAAUGUCUAGAUCCUAUCGAGAUUCCUGGAACCCCACAUAAUCUGGUGAGGAAAAACGGAAGAUGUGGAUCAUCGCAGACGAAGAUCAACGAAAUGAGGGAACAAGAAUACAAAUUGUUUGUCAAGGAGUGUUUGGUGAAUCCGAAUAUCGAUUUGAAGAAGAUCAUAAUAAUCAAACCUGGUCCAGAUUGUAAGGAUGUUGAUGUGAAGGGAAUGGGCAAGAUUGAGUUGGGCAAAUACCAGAAGAAGUGUCUUACUACAAGAAACUGUGAUGAUAUGGACACAUCGAGCAUGGAUGAGAAAGAGUUGACUCGAUUCAAGAAGAUGUGCUCUCCAGUCAUUCGGAAAACAAACAACUUGUGUGAAGAGGAAAAUGUAGAUGCUUUAGAUGACGUGGCAUUCGAAAAGUAUAAAAUUGAAUGCAUUCUGGGCGAGACACCGUUCGAUUGUGACAGUGUGGAUCCAAAGACAUUGAGUGAUAGAGAGCUGAGAAUGUAUCUGAAAGAGUGUCCUGAUCCACGAUCUCCACCUCCUGUGAACUCAAGAAUGAAUUGCAAGAAUGUGAACCCAGAUGAGUUGAGCAAUGCAGAAUACAAGAAGUAUGAGAGAGAUUGUCUGGAGAAAUCUGCAGGUGAAUGCGCUCGAAUUGAUCCGCAGACACUGAAUGACCAAGAGCUAAACCGGAAUGUUUUUCAGUACAAAAAAUACGAGGAAGAAUGUCUCAACAAGGAAUCGAAUUGCACACUUGCGGACCCUCGAGAAAUGACAGACGAGCAAUACACAAGAUACGAAAGAGCUUGUCUGAAGAAAUCCACCGAUUGUAAGGAUAUCAAUGUGAAGGAUCUGACCGAGGUGCAAUACAGAAAGUUUCGAAGGGAUUGUCUCCGAGAAAAUCCAGAAUUCGAUUGCAGCAGCAAAAAUGUGGAUGAAAUGAGUGAAAAAGAGUAUUCUCGAUAUCGGAAAGAAUGUUUGGAAAACCAAAGAGAUUUCAACUGUAAUGACGUUCAACCAAAGAAGCUCACUCAGAAACAGUUGAAGCGAUACAUGAGAGAAUGUGUGAGAGAAUCUUCUGAUUGUCAAGACCAGAACGUGAAGGAAAUGAGUGAAACAGACUAUGAGGAAUAUGUCAAAAAGUGUCUGAAAGAGGAUUCUAAGAUCGAUUGCUCAAACGUCAAUCCAAAUCAACUAACUGGAGAUGAACUGAGAAAGUAUCAACGGGAAUGUGAACGCUUUGACUGUAACGUCAAUUUGAAUGAUCUGAGUGAAGCCGAAUACAAGAAGUAUCUGAAACAUUUUAGAGAAGAUAAUCCGAGUUUAGAUUGUUUAAAUAUCAAUCCAGAUGAUUUGAAAGGAGAGGAACUCGAGAGGUACAACGAUGAAUGUCUGUCUGGAAUUGAUUGUCAAGUAGCAAAACCAGAGAAAAUGAGUACGAAAGAAUACAAGAUGUUCAUGAGACACUGUGUCAAGAACACUCUCGAUUGCACCAGUGUCAACGUGAAAGAUCUCAGCAAUACAGAUUACGAGAAGUUUAGAACGGACUGUCUGAAGAUAGAAUCGGAUUGUUUGAAUAUCGACACUUCCAAGUUGAACGACAACGAGUACAAACAAUACAAAAAGGAGUGUCUUGAUGCCGAAAGAGAUGUGAAUUGUGAUUCUGUGAACCCCAAUAAGCUGACCAGAGAACAAUAUCAGCUGUACGAGAAGAAAUGUCUGGAACGAAUCUCGUCUGAAAACUGUGUAUCUAUAAAUCCGAAUGAAUUGAGUGAUGAUGAUUACGAGAAGUACAGAAAAGAUUGUCUGAAACCAAGGGCGCGAUUCGAUUGUAAAACUGUAAAUGUGCAAAAGUUGAGUGAUAAGGAAUACAAGAAAUACGAACAGGAAUGCCUCGACAGACCAAGGAAUUCCGAUUGUGAUUCUGUUCGUCCUGAUGAGUUGAACGAGAAAGAGAUUGGGAAAUUAAUUAAUUUUCAGUACGCCAAGUACCAGAGAGAAUGUUUGGGAACUGGUAAACCAGCAGGUUGUCGCAAUGUGAAUCCGGAUAAUUUGAGCCGAGAGGAAUACCGAAAGUAUGAGAAAGAAUGUCUUCCAUCGUCAUCUCCAGACUGUGAUGGCGUUGUUGUUGACAAUCUGAAUGAUGAAGAGUUUGCAAGAUACAAGAAGAGAUGCUCUUCCCGAGUCCCUCGUCCCCCUGGUGAAAGUGUGGAUAUCACAAAGAUCGUCCGAUUCAACGAAUCAUCCUCUAUUCCUCCAGGAGUAACAGCUGAAGCAUGUCAAAAUGCUGAUGUGGAAAAAAUGACCAAUUAUCAGUACAACCAAUACAAAAAAUACUGUCAAGUUAACUUCGAAGGAACAGAUUGCGAUGAAGUACGAGUGGAUAAACUGAGUGAGGAGAAACUUCAAGAAUACGUUGCAAAAUGUGGCUUGUUCUGUGGAAUCGAGAGAAAAGAAGCUCUCUCCAAAAAGUAUCAAAGGAUAUAUGAGGAAAGAUGUGAAGGAGAUUCAAACGAAUUGGAGAAAGACUGCAAAGAUAUUGCCAUUGAAAAACUUGGAGAAAGAAUGUACGCGGACUUUGCUGAAAAAUGCCUAGAACCAAUCAACGCAUGCUCAAUGCUCAAGUCUCGUCGUCUCGUUCGAAAAGUCUACAAUGAGUACCGAUUGAGAUCGGAUACUGAGAAAAUGACGUUGGAAGAGUACAAGGACUACAAGAGAAGGUGUGGAAAGGGAAGAAAGGAUUGUGAUGAUGUAAAUGUAGAAGAGCUCAGUGAUCAGGAAUUCAUACGAUACAAGAAACAGUGUCUGUUGGAUACCAUGAAUGAGGAUUGCAAAGAUAUCAACGUGGAUGAAUUAGCUAAAGAAGAAUACAGAAGAUAUUUGAAGAAAUGUGGAAGACUUCUACCUUCAGAAGUUACUGAUGGCGAUUGUGGUUCUGUUGAGGUCAUGGAACUGACUGAUAACGAGGAUAAUGACCAGGUGCUGGACGAACGUUGCCCGAAAAUGGCUCCGGAAUCUGGCCAGCAAGAAUUCCGAGAAUACAUGAAACGAUGCCCUGACCAUUCCUCCGACUCAAUCCAAAAAUGUAAUACUCUUGACUGGAGGGCUAUGUCGCGGAAGGAAUAUCUGGAUUUCCUGAAGGUGUGUCCACCGGAAAAAUCAUCUGAUAGAAUGACACCGCCUGGCGGAGAAUCCUCCAAGAACUGUUCCGGAAUGGACGUGGAGAAGAUGACGGAGGAAGAAUUCGAGCAGUACCGAAAGAAUUGUAUUUCAAUCCGGAGAACAACAAACUCAGACUGUGAUGAUGUAGAUGUGAAUGCUCUAUCGGAUGAGGAGUACAGAAUGUACGAGAGGAGAUGCGGAACGCCACGUGGACCGGAUUAUCCGGAUAGUCCUAAUAGACACAACUGCACUGGAGUCAAUAUUGAAGAGCUAACCUCGAAAGAGUUCCGUGCCUACAAAAAGAGAUGCCUGACUAUUCGGAAGACUCCAGAUUGCAGUGCAAAGGAUACCAGUCAACUGUCUGAUGAGGAAUACGAAGUCUACAGAAAGAAAUGUUCAAGUGGUGAACAUCCCGAAAAACCAAGAGAUGGAUGCUCUUCUGUGAAUGUCUCAGAACUUUCUGACGAAGAAUAUCGUGACUACAAGAAGAAAUGUCUAGAGAGGAGUACUUCGAAACCAGAUUGUGAUUACGUGAAUGUCAACAAUCUAUCUGAUGAGGAGUAUCGACUCUAUCGGAAGAACUGUGGAUCGUCAGGAGGACCUGUGGAAAUUGAGAAGAGUAUUGAGAUCGUCCCACCGCGAAGAAAUGGAGAAGACACACCAGAAUUGGAAAGAACUCCUGAAGAUCGUUUCCCUGAAAUACCUUCGGUUACAAUUGAGAAGACUGUCGUUGUAAAUCUUUCCAAACCACCACAAGGACCAGAUUCUAAUGACUGCACAUCAAUCAAUCCAAAUGAACUGUCCGAUUCGGAAUACGAAGAUUACAGAAGAAGAUGUCUGGAGAGAAAGAUUCCUAAGCCGGAUUGUGACGAUAUUGAUGUUAACAAAUUGUCCGAUGAGGAGUAUCUUGUCUACAAAAAUCGAUGUGGAGAGGAGUCUCCAGAAUCUCCACGUAAACCGUCAGUUACUGUGGAGAAAACUGUCAAAAUUGUAAACACGCCACCAAAUGAUGGAUCUUCUCCGCCAACUUCACCAAACAUUGAUGACUGCUCCAAUGUGAACGUGGCAAAACUGACCGAUGAUGAAUACGACGAAUACAGAAGAAAGUGCAUGUCAAUCAGGAAGAUUGUGCAGCCAGAAUGUUCGGAUAUAAAUAUUGAGGAGUUGGAUAAAGAAGAGGUGGGUUUGAAAUUUGUUGAUGUAUACCUCGCCUACAAGAAACGAUGUGGUCCUCCAGAUUCUCCACGAUCUUCAAAUGAUUGCUCAGAUGUGAGAGUGGAAGAGCUCACCCAUGAAGAGUACGCUCUCUACAAAAAGAAAUGCUUGAAGGGGAAACCACCAAGAAGGCCAGUAACUCCUGAUGAGAACUGUCGAAACGUUAACAUCAAUGAGCUGUCAGAGAGUGAAUACCGAGCAUUCAAGAGAAGAUGUGCAGAGAAUGUGACAGUUGAAAAGAUAGUAGUUGUUGGAAAAGAAUGUAAUAGGAAUACGGAUGAAAUGACGAAGGAAGAAUAUCAGAAAUACUUGAAGGAGUGUCCUCAAAAACCUCAAAUCGAGUUGACAAAGACUAUUACGAUUGUUCCAAGAGACGAAGAUGAUUGUUCCAAAAUAGAUGUGAACAGUUUGACAGAUGAAGAGUUCGUAUUCUACCAAAAGAAAUGUGGAGAUUACAAAAAUACCUUCCAGUUCAAUUGUAAUCAGGAUGUUACCAAAAUGAGUGAUGGAGAGUUUGAAAAGUUCCGAAAAGCAUGUGGAAAGAAGCCGUUUGACUGUGAGUCAACUGAUGUGGAUUCUCUAUCAGACAGGGACUACGCAAGAUUCUUGAAGGAGUGUGGAAAACGGCCAAUCUACAACUGUAAAAACGCGAAAGUGGAAAGAAUGAGUUCUGAUGAAUACGACGAAUACAAAAGAAAGUGUAAAAAGGUCACAACGAAGAUUCACACUGACUGUGAUCAAGUGAAAGUGGAAACUUUGAGUAGAAAAGAGGUAAUAGUUGAAAGGUUGAACUUGCUUCAUUCUAAUCUUUUUUUUCUUUUUCAGUACGCCGAAUUCAAAGAACGAUGUCUGAAAAAUAUUCCGAAAAGGCCUACAACAACCAUCCGAAAGCGAGUCGAUUGUUCGAUUGUGGACGAAAGUAUGAUGACUGACGAAGAAUAUGCAGAUUUUAAGCAGAAUUGUAAUGUGAAAGUCACCACUGAUCGAUACCGUCCAGGAGAAAAUAUGAUUCUAACGAAGAAGGUCGAGAUUCGAACUGGAAAGGAAAAGUUCAGUUGUUACGAUCAGGAUGUGGAUCAGAUGUCCGACGAGGAAUAUGCUACAUUUGAGAAGAAGUGCUUGGCAAAUCCACACUUCAGAUUCGAUUGUAGCACUGUCGACACAACGAAUCUAUCCAGAGAAGAGUAUGCCAAAUACCAACGAGAGUGUCCAACACGACCAGAGAAAACCAUUUUGAUUAAGACAUUGAUAGUCAACGGAUCUAAUGAAGUUGUGAAAAAUGGAUGCUACAAUAGAGAUGUGGAUGGAAUGAGCAAUGAAGAAUACGCGGAUUACGAAGUCAGAUGUCUUGGAAGAGAACCAGUUCCGCUCCCACAACUAGAAAGAAAGACUUCUUUCGAUUGUCAUAAUGUGGAUUUGUCGAAGCUUUCUUAUCCAGAGAUCGAAGAACACAUCAAACGAUGUCGUACACGAGAAACGGCCUCAACUCCACCUCCUCCGCGUCGUCAAUCUCUGAAAUGUUCUGAUGUGAAAACCGAUGAUUUAAAUUUAAAUGACAAAGCAUAUGCAAAAUGGGUCAAAGAAUGUCUGCCUACUCCGGAUCUCAAGCUCAAAAAAAAAAUCAUUAUUCCUCCAACUCCAGAAGAACCACGCUUGAGUGGAGGAGAAACGGUACGAGUGGAGAAAAUUGAAAUCUACGAACAUCUUCGACCGGAUGAUGAUGAAGGAUAUUGGAAAGGGAAUGAAGAUUUUGGAGUCAGAGUUUUGACUGGAAUCAAAAAGAUGGUGAUCACGGGAAGGCCUGAUGAAGAUUCUGAAUCCGAAGCAGGAGUCAUUCUUGUGAAGAAAGUGAUUCACAAGAUUCCUGGCAGACGACGUCCAUUCGAUGUUGAUAAUGGAAUCGAUGAGGGCGGAGUUAUCGAAGUAAAGAGAAUGAUCAUGAAGACAACCCAACCAGAACCAGAUGUCGAUGAAUCUGAAGAGUUUGAGGAGAUUCUCAGAAGACCAAGAAAGAUUGUUGGGCCGAAGGAAGAAGUUGCUCUGCUAUCUGUAACUAAAAGGCAUCCACACUCGUACGGAACAAAGCAUCGUCCUGAGGAAGAAGAACCAACUGAAGUUGUGAAAUUGACAAAGAAUACAAAACAUCCAAAUGCGACGAUAAGAGAAGUCAGAAUCCGAAAACAUUUCGGAACUGGUGUUCCAGCUGAAGAGACUGUUGUUCAAGAAAUCGGAGGUCUAGACUUCAAGAUCACAAGGAAGACUGUGAUGAAACCACGCAAAGUUCGCAAGUUGAAAUCCACUACAACAACUACAACCACUCCUGCUGAGCCAGAAUAUUACUACGAUGAAGAAGAGGUUCCGGAAUACAUCACAUUGGUUCGAGUGGAAAAAUCCAGUCGUCCACUGAGAAAAACAAGGAGACCAGAGGAUGAAGAUGAUGAAUAUGUUGAUGUGAAGGAGGAUAAACCAAAGAGCUACAUCGAGUUCGAAGGGUUCGUCAAGGUUCACGCAGGUUCUCGAAAACUCAGAAAGAAGACAAAGUUCACAGAUUCUGGCGAAGAACCGGCUAUUCGGGAAGUCACUCGGACAGUGGUUCCUGGAACUGAAGACGAUGACUUCAAGGGUGUCAAAGUGAGAAGCCCUCGGAAGAGAGUGAUUUUGAUUCGGAAGAUUGCGGUCGAGGUACCAGAUGACGUCGAACAUGAAGUGACUGUGGUAAAGAAACUGAAGGUUCUAAAGUUCGGAAAUGAGGAAGUGGAGAAUUUUAAUGAUGAUGAUGGUAACGUGGAAGAUGAUGGAAAAAUCAUUGUAAGGAAUCGAAAACGAAAGUAUUGGUUCGAAGAUGGAAGGGAGCGUCCUGGAGAAGAUGACGAGAAUGAGGAAUAUGUGGAAGGUAGAAUCGCAGUCAAAGGAAGAGCUCCGAAAGCAUUUAGAUGGACCAACAGGCCAGUAAAGAAGGGAUCUGAUGGACCAACCGUCACUGAAAGGACUUCUCAGUUUUACAAAAUCGGAGGAUCAGAGGAAGACGAUGAGGAGAGAAGGAGAAGAAGAAGAAAGGAAGAGCUUCGUCCACGAGCUCUCGAAGAAGAGGAAGAAGAUGGAAUUAUCAGAAGAAGAAGGCCUGAUGAUGAAGAUGGAAGGCGUCCAAGACCACGUUUCGAGGAAGAGAGCGAAGAGUUCAGACAGAGGAAGCGCUUGAGACCAGGAUUCGAGGAAGAGAUUGAAGAGGAAGGAAAGAGGAAAAGAAAUCCAGGUGGACUGAAUGAAGACGUGAUCAUCAAGAAACUCUACAGACUUGGUCAAAAAACUCCAUUCGAAGAAAAUGAUGGUGAACCAAUCGUUCUGACAAGGAAAAAGAUCAUCAAGAACCAACCGAAUGACAUGAACGAGGAGGAGCCAGAUGAAAGUGGAGAGAUCAAACUUCAUAACAGAAGAAAGCUUUAUCGUAUUCCAGCUGGAGGAGGUCGACCUAAUGGAGACGAUGAUCAAGAGAUUGUGAAGAUCAAAAAGAAAACAGUUCAUCGGAUUGGGCCAAAUGGGGAAAGAGAAUAUGUUGAUGAAGAUGUUCCUACUGGUGGAUCAGAUACUGGAGAAGAUGAGGAGAUCAAACUUCUGAAAAGAAGGAAAUUCUAUAGAAUCCGUCCAGAUGGAAAGAGAGAAUUGACGAGAACGGAGGGGGUAGAACCAUCUGAUGGAGAAGAAGUCACUGUUUCCAAAAACAAAGUUCAUCGAAUUGGUCCAGAUGGCAAAAGAGAACUUGUCAGCGAAGAUGAACCCGGUAGAAAGCAUUCUUCGGUUACCAAUGACCAGCCGGAGGAUGAUUCUGAACAAGUGACACUGAAGAAAAAGAUCAAGAGACGUUAUCGUGUGGGUCCAGAUGGAAAACGAGAGCUAAUCGGAACAGAGGGAGAAGGAGAUAUUGAUAGAAUGUCCCAUGGAGAAGAAUCAGAUUUGAAAAUGAAAAGAAAAUCGUUUUCCUCACAAUCUGACGAUCAACCAGACGAUGAAAUGAACGAGGAGAGGGUUAUGAUGAAGAAAAAGAAGUUCUAUCGAAUUGGUCCAGAUGGAAAAAGAGAGUUGGUUCGAGAGGAAGAAGUUCCAUCAGGAGGAAUGCUGCAUCAGAAGACUUCAGGACUUCUCGGAGGUAACAAGAACACUUAUAGCCCGGAACCACUGAAUGAUGAGAGUGAUGAUGGAGAGGUUCGAAUCAAGAAGAGAAGAUUCUACAAAAUUGGUCCAGAUGGAAAGCGCGAGCUGGUGAGAGAAGAAGGCGGCGAUGUUGAUGGAUCAGAAUCUUCGAAUGGAAACGGAGAAGAAAGAAAAAUAAUUCAUAAGAAGAGAAGAUUCUAUAAAAUAGGUCCAGAUGGAAAAAGAGAACUUGUGAGAGAAGAGGAAGGAGGUGACGGAGGCAACAUGGACAAUAAAACAUCGAAAAAAUCUUCUGUGCCGAAUGACCAAUCAAAUGCCGACAUCAAGAUGGGAGCACCAUUGUCCGAUGACGUUAAACCUCUUCCUGGUAAGAAUACAAAUGUUGUAUUUAGCCAACGAGGAUUUUUUAAAGGAGGGCAUAUGCUAGUUCCCCGAGAGUCUGAAGAAAAAGAAAACGAGAAGAACAAGAGGAUGAGUGCAGAUAAUGAUGAUGAUGAUGAUGAUAAGUACACUUAUGAGAUGAAGCCACGUGUCAAACGAACAUAUGUUCUCGAUGGGCAUGGACGUCGGAAGCUAGUGGAUGAGACAACAGGAGAUGGUGAAUUUAAUAGUAGUUUUAUAAAUAUCAAACAUGAUUUAUUUUCAGAAAAAUCGAAUGUGGAUCUUGGAAAGCUGUUGAAGCCGAGACGAAGAAUCACAGAAACAGAGACAGUCGAUAAAGAACAUGUAAGUGUAAUUAUUGAAUUGAACUCGAAAUUAAAUGUUUUUCAGCAUGAAAGCAGAUACCAAAAAGUAGGAUCUACGAGAAAAACAAGAGCUUCUUCUGAACCUUCAUCCAGCGGAACUAGCCCUAAAACAAUGAACGGCAAGAUGCAGAAAUACCACAAAGACAAGAAUCUGAGGUCAGGCGGAAAGAGUGAAGAAGAUAUUCCUGAAGAGCAGUGA